AUGCCUGCCCGCGCCACUCGUCGCUUCUCACUUGUCACAAAGCCGGUCCCAACGGGUAAUGCUUGGCUGCGGACGAACCGCUCUGUGUUGGUUGGUUUGCAUGCGCCGAACACUGCGCUUCGCACUCCUUGUCUGUCUGCAGCCCGUUCUCCGUCCUCGCACGCCGUUGGUGGGUGUCAAUGCGGUCUCGUGGCUGUUGUGCAUGGCCUCGCGCUCGUCGUACGAAGUGCACGCGGAAUAUGCGCAUGCGAAGCCAGUGCCAAACCCCCAAAGAUGGAUGGCGCAGCCACCCGGCCCGCGUGUCCCUCUCCGCAACGCCCCCUGGAUCGACGCUGCCACGGAGACUCAGCUGCUUCAGUAGGCGGGGCGGGCAUGCCGUACGACACGGCUCUGCCUGCCGUCAUGGCCUUUUGUGACGACUCGCUGGCAACGAGACGAAACGCCAAUGCCUUGGGUUGGGAGAGGUGGCCUGGCUGUCUUGAGAUGUUGUGCCGCCACCAACACUACACCCCGUCUCCCUGCAGGCGCCCCCAUGACCCGUCUAUGCGCAUCACGUCCGGCUCCGAAGUCGAGUUCAAUGCCCAUGGGUAUGCUUGCCAUGUCUCGUCCCCGCACCGCACCUCUGCGCGCACAAACCGCCUCAAUCUUGUUUCGACAAUCAAUCAGGCUGAUCCAUAUCUCUCAGCGGGCGUGUCGAUAGUGUCCAUCGGCAUUGUCCACAAAUCGGGCAUCGUCGGUUUCGACGCAGUCGAUCACGCCAACAAGUACGCGUGCCUGUACUCCGUAGCUGCAGACAGUCGGCCAUGA